AUGACCAAGCUCCUAAAACGUCAUCGCCCCCAGCCCUCUGGCAGUGCAAAGGGCGCAUCUCCGACAAGUGGGACCCCUUCGGCCACAUCGCGACGCAACCGCUGGUUCUCGGUUCCCGCCCUUGUUCGACGACUGCUGCGCAAAGCUCAACCGCGCCACCCUCAAACUUCUGGACUCGAUGAUAUCGAGUCGGAAGAGGCUGUCAUUGCCGUCGUACAGGGCGUCGCUGUCGAAGUUAACGAAGCCGGCAUUGAGGCUGUCGCACCGCGACAGGAAAACGCUGGCUGGCGCUUGAGUGCUCCCGAUGCGAGUAUACGCGUUCGCCCCGUCACUCCGAGGCGCUCAUUCCAAUCUACCCUGGAGUACAUUGAAGAUAACGGCACACCACACUUCCCCAUCCCUCUUACCGAUUCAGAAGCUUCGCAGUCGCAAGAUGAACUCCAAGCUAACGCUGCUGCCGAUGCUGAAAGCGCGUCUGUGGACAUCGCCGUCAUUCCUUCGUCACCCUCCGGCACUGCCCCCUUUGGAACAAGUACUCUUGGGCACAGUCACGCAUUGACGAAAAACGAGGACGCAGGUCGACGAGCAUUGGAUGCAGGCGUUACCGGUUCAGAAACUACGAGUGUUGACGCUCGUUCAAGCUUUGACUCCCAUCCGGGUUUUAGUUCUGGAUCUGGGAGCGUCCAUAGCUCGGAGAGCGAGCAUUUCUCCGUCCAUCGUCUGGAACCUUCGGCAGCGUCUUUAUUGGAUGAGGAUCUUGCCGGUCGCCCAAACGCUGCAGACGCUACCCUUGCACCUCAUACGCAUUACGAGGUUCCCAUGAACGCGUUUGAGGGUAAAAGGCGCCGACUGAAUCCGUACCAAAACCCGUACUACGAGAUUCCCUCGAACUCACGACUCGAGGACGGUACUCUCGAGGACGGUCGAUGGCUCAGUGGUGCUACGGUACUGCACUACGGCCCGGAAGGAACUGCUGAUAGAGGCUUGAUGUUCUCCUGGAAAGGACUCAUCGGCGAUAACCAUAACGGCAAACUCGUUUACGGCGCUCAUGUGAAAAGUCUCGGAAAAGCGGAUACUACUCUCGACCCGUACCCGUGGUUCCCGAGCUACGUGGCUGUUAAGAUCGUGUCUAAGGUCGAUCUGUUCGAGGGUCGGCACGGGCAGUUCCUCGCUUAUGGGUCCGUCGCAUCUGAAGCUGCGGCAAUGAAGUCCUUAGCAUCGCAGCCUACGCCCAGUGGAUUCGUCAACAGCGCAUUGGCCACCUUUCAAGACGACUACUUUUUCUAUAUCGUUUCUAGAUGGUACUCCUGCACUCUACAACAGUACAUCUCCCAAACGAGACCAAAACUCCUUGCCGGUCAUACAUGCGACUAUCCGUACCAAAUGCCCCGGGAUGUCUUCCGAUUCUACGCGGCAGAAUUGCUUUUGGGUAUGGAAUACCUCGAGGAGUGCGGGGUCGUAAACUGCGACAUCAAGCUUGCGAACAUCUUCGUCUCUCCAUCUGGGCAUCUAGCUCUGGCGGACUUCGACCUCGCUGUACCGGAUGUGCGCCCUGCGAUGGCCGCUCAACAGUGCGCUUAUAAAGAUGUCUGCAUGGAGUUGGGUUGCUCUGGGACGUCCACAUACAAAGCGCCGGAGAGGUUCAGGAACUCGAACGCGAGAGGGAUUGCGACACCACGCGCGGACAUAUGGAGUCUUGGAAUCGUCUUGCUCGAGUUUGCUCUGCAAAUAGACAAGUCCUAUUUUGAAACACGGUUCCCCCAUCUCUUCGCUUCGGUCAACGAUGCCGAUGCGGCCAUGAAGAUAAUCUACGAUGACUUUUUCUGGGUCCUCCUCAACAACGAAGCGCACAACUCUACGGGUACUGCCUCAUUGGACCCGUUAGUCUAUGGGUUUUUGGUUAAGUUUCUCUUCUUGACUCCCGAGAAAAGAACGACCGUACGAGAAGCAAAGCAGCACGCCAUCUUCGAAGGACUGGACUGGGACGGGAUACGUCGCGGUGCAAUCGAACCGCCCCUUCUCAAAGAAGGUCAUGAUCCGCAAAUCCAUCCGCCUUUGCAGCAGUAUCCCGCCAUCACAUGCGAUAAUGUGCGGAUGCGGCGACUUCAAAGGAAUGGGAAUUCUGCUGCUUUCUUGUGUGUUGGACCGAUAUCGACUGUUCGCGAGUCACUCCUUAAGGCAUACUCCAGCAUGCAAGAGGGACUUCAGGAGCACAUACUAAAUGUUGUUUCUGGCGAGAAUACACGCUCAAGACGUAUUGGUGGCCCUCCCAUCCACCCCGGUGUGCGAUGGCUUACCCCGUGGUGGAGAACUUGGGAUACGAGAGAGCACACAUUUGCUCAUCACACAUAUAAUCCAAACGAACCACUUGAGGAGAAUAUACGACAAGCUGCGACGGACUUUCAAGAGGAACGGCCUUGGCCGUAUACUCAUGAGAAAGGGGUUCAAAGCAGUUGGCGAUUGUGGGAACAGCUUCGGCUGGUUAUUGGACUUUCUUACCGCCCGACACUUCCUCGUCUUGCACGUCCGGACACCAAUGACGAAGAGGUUAGCGAUUCGAGCGACGACGAAGAUCCAUCCGCACCUGCCCCUUUCUCUCGUCGCCAUACAGAGGGUAAGAAGCAUCGCGUCUUUCGUGGUGUGGGAGCUUUCUAUGAAGAAGAAGAAGACAGAGCUGCUGAGCAAGGCCUGACGCCUUCUGAACAGUGGCUGCUUCAUACCGCCGAGAUGCGCGAUAAUAUGGCCCGCUUCACUCUUGAUGCCGAGAAGGUGAUGAAGUAUCUGUUCUCUGCAUAUUUUCUUCAUCACCGGCUCAUGACUACCCCGGAAGCAUGUUAUCACAUGCCUGUCAUUGCAUCAUAUUUUCUGCGCUUCCUUCUUACUCAUCUUGAACUGGAUCAAUGCGACGAGGCGAUGUUCAAGCGGGCUUUGGCUGUGACGGAGCUUGCACGAACUGAGGUCCCGCUUGUCUAUGACUGCAUCAGACGCUCCACCAUCGCAUCCGAUGCUUUCUCCUUGUUCUGUAGGGCAACAUUCGGCGAGCUUCCACUCGUGCACGACGAUGAAUCUCCGGUCUUCUCUAAGAUUUCCCCCUCGUCCUUCGCUACCGAUGACUCCGGCCCCCCUAGCCCUGCUGGCUCUCUUCCUCGAACACCUACUCUGAGCGAGCAUGUGUGUUCUACCUUGACCGAGGCACGAGCAAACUUGGUCUCUGACGAGACUGAACAUUUUUGGCUAUCCUCCAGUGGCGCAGCGCUCACCGAUGCCAAUGCAGCCCUUGACGCCAUCGGGGUAGAUGAUGAGGACGAUCCUUGGGCUCUCAAGAAGCCUGACCUCCCCUUGCCCGACCUAUCGCCCACACACGUUCGCGGGCUCGUUGAGGCAUCAAUACGCCGCAUCACGCGAGUCUUCCCGGCGAACUCCCAAUCUUCCGCGUCUACAACACCUGACCGUGCGGUUGAACGCGUAUUGCUUCAGAAAUCGUGGGUCGUCGAGCUGGCCCCUCAACCGGCUUUCCGCAGCUGGUGGACACCCGACUGGGAAGCAUGGCCAGGCUACGAGUCCGCGUCAUUGCGUGUGCAGGCUGACGGGCGCGACUCGCGGCACGCAACUAUCCGGCUACUCGUGUCACCCGUCGUGGGCAGAGUGCUCGAGCGCUGCCGUGGCAUGUUGAUAUGCGGCGAUUUUGCCGAGCUCGCCCCUCGCACCGGUGGUGAGGGUGGGUUAUGGUACCUCGCUCAGUUCGUUGGACUCGCGCCGAGUUUCUACGAACCUGACCGCCCGGAACCGGACGAUGGUGCGCCGCGCGCGCUUGCUUUGGCUUCGUUUUCCGAUUUGCUUUCUUCUGCUUGA